UUACGCAUUCACCUCAGAAUAUGAUUUAACUACAGGCAAAAGUCGUAUUCUUAAUUUAAAAACAAACACUUUCUGUUCAGCUGGGUCUUUCAUCGAAAAUGGUACAUUGGUUGAAACCGGUGGUGCUGAAGAUGCUUUUGGUUCAAAGAACGGUCUCCAAUCUGUUCGUUUAUUCACUUCAUGUGAUGAUGACAGUUGUGAUUGGUUAGAGUUUCCUGAAUAUAUGGAAAAAGCAAGAUGGUAUAACACUAUGGUAACGCUUCCGGAUGGUAGAAUUUUCAAUAUUGGUGGAACAACUGCAACAAUACAAACAACUAUUAAUAACCAUUCGAUCAACAAUCCUUCAUACGAGUUUUUUCCAAAAGAAUCUAACAGCGUAAAGUUCCAAUUCCUUAUAGAUACAAUGCCAUACAAUCUAUAUCCAGCGGUAUUUGUGCUUCCUGGUCCACUGAAUCAAACUUUAUUGUAUAUGUCAGCAAACAAGAAAGCUAUAAUUUGGGAUUAUGUUGCACAAAAAACUGUUAAAACCUUGCCAGAUAUUCCUGGUGGUCCACGCACAUUUCCGGCUACUGGCACUGUAUUUCUUUUGCCAUUACACUACGAAAAUAAUUACGCCGCCGAAAUUGUAGCUUGUGGUGGAUCUGCUGGCGUGGAACCAAAUGACAAAGGUGAUAAAGAUUGCGCAAGAAUUAAUUUAGCCCUGCCUGAUCCUAAAUGGGAUUUAGAACCUUUUGGUGAUCUCGAUUCAGGACGUUUAAUGGGUGAUUACAUUCAUAUGCCUGAUGGAAAAGUGCUUAUCGUGAAUGGCGCCGGUAUAGGUCAUGCUGGUUGGGAUUCAGGUGACAUUACCAAUAGACAACAUACUGCAAGUUUACCUCAAAAAAUACCAUUACUUUAUGAUCCAAAAGCCCCUCAUGGUUCUCGUUUCACCAGGAUGGCUGAGGCAAAAUAUAUCCGUGUUUACCAUUCAACUGCAACUUUGAUUCCAGAUGGUACAGUUUUUGUUGCUGGUAGUAACCCAAAUGAACAAUAUUGUGAUGUCUGUGAAUACCCUACAGAAUAUCGUGUAGAAAUUUUUACUCCUCCAAAUCUUUUGAAUGGCACCCCUCGGCCUAUCAUCAAAAGUAUCGAGGGUAUGACAGUCUUUAAUUCCAUAAUACCUAUUCAAACGACAUAUGGUGAGACAGUUAAAAUAUUAAUUGAUCUGGAUGAUCCCACUGCAGAAAUUACUGCUGCUUUAAUUAAUCAUGGUUUUGCUACACAUUCACAACACAUGUCUGCUCGAUAUGUGAGCUUACAAAUUAAAAGUCAAACGCUAACACCAUCAGGAUAUGCUAUUGAAGUCAUUUUACCACCACACCCUAAUAUUAUGCCACCAGGGCGGCACCUUUAUAUUUAUGUUUUAAAUAAGGGAACGCCGGCAAAUACUGCUAUUGAAAUUAAUCUCAAGAGAUCUUAA